AUGGAUUAUUUAACUGAAAAAAGAAUAUCGCAAGCUGAAAUGGAAAGGCGUUAUACUUGGCUGCAAAAAGCUAGAAUGAGCAUCUUAUCGACAAAAGAUCGUUGCCGUAUCAUUCAUGAGGUUCGUUUCCCUGAUAAUUUCAACGGUCUUUACAGCGCACGUUUCUCUCAAAAUGGUGAGGUCAUAAUAACGUGUUUUGGAACAGGCGGUAUUCAAAAAAUUUAUUUAGAACCGAAGAACGAAGUAAAUACGAUAGACAUUAAUGCCAGUGGGGAAUAUUUAGUUAGUGGUGGCAAAGAUGCAGCUGUUAGAAUUUAUGACUCUGAAACUGCAAAGCUUAUAAUGACGUAUCAAAAAACUGAGUCAGACUUGUUGCAUGAUAAAGUUACGAGAUAUCAUCGUAUGAGAAUAUUUGCUGCGAGGUUUCAUCAUGUUUAUUCGGAUUUAAUUAUUACCGGAGGCUGGGAUGAUACAGUUAGAAUUUGGGAUAUCAGAGACGGUGGUGGAUCCAUUAGAACGAUCAAAGGACCCCACAUCUGUGGCGAUGCGAUUGAUUUUCGAGGAACAUAUAUUUUGACGGGUUCUUGGGUCGUUCGUGAAAGUCUCCAAAUUUGGGAUUUGAUGAGUGCUAAAUUAAUCGAGACAAUAAAACCACGAAACAGACCUACCACCUUAGAGGGUGAAUUUCUUUAUACCGUGCAAUACUUUGAUGGAGAUCCUUAUAACGAACAUAUACUCGCUGGUGGUUCUGGUACCGGUGCUGUAGAAGUGAUUAAUAUAAAGGAACAAAAGGUAGCAGAUAGUUUCAAAGUAAAUAAACCAAUCGUUGCCUUGGACAGCAAUGGAACUACGAUUGUCUACGGAGGUAUGGAAUCUGUAAUUAGGCUUGGUAAUUAUAGUUAA